CAGCGCGCGACGGGCAAGGAGCCCUCGCCAGCGGCGGUGGGAAGACAGCUGGCCUCCGCGGAGGCCCCGGAGGCGCUGCAUGGACAGCAUGCGUUUCUCCGGAGGCCCCAACGAGGGGCCCGCGGACAACUCCAGCCAGGGGUGGCCCCUGUUAGCCGGCGGUGUCAACGGCAGCCGGGCAGCGGAGGCGCUCGGGGACGGCGGCAGCCCCCAGGGGGACGUGCGCAACGAGGAGCUGGCCAAGCUGGAGAUCGCCGUGCUGGCUGUGACUUUCGCGGUAGCCGUGCUAGGCAACAGCAGCGUGUUGGUGGCGCUGCACCGCACCCCUCGCAAGACGUCCCGCAUGCACCUCUUCAUCCGCCACCUCAGCCUGGCCGACCUGGCCGUCGCUUUCUUCCAGGUGCUGCCGCAGAUGUGCUGGGACAUCACCUACCGUUUCCGCGGGCCUGACGGGCUGUGCCGCGUGGUGAAGCACCUGCAGGUGUUCGGCAUGUUCGUGUCGCCCUACAUGCUGGUGGUCAUGACCGCCGACCGCUACAUUGCGGUGUGCCACCCGCUGAAGACGCUGCAGCAACCGACGCGCCGCUCGCGCCUCAUGAUCGCUGCCGCCUGGGUGCUGAGCUUCGUGCUUAGCACGCCGCAGUACUUCGUCUUCUCCAUGGUCGAGGUGAACAACGUCACCAAGGCCCGGGACUGCUGGGCCACCUUCAUCCAGCCCUGGGGUCCCCGCGCCUAUGUGACCUGGAUGACGGGUGGCAUCUUCGUGGCGCCCGUGGUCAUCCUGGGUACCUGCUAUGGCUUCAUCUGCUACCACAUCUGGCGCAACGUCCGCGGAAAGACGGCUUUGCUCCCCGGAAAGGGCGCCGAGGGCGCGAGUGGCGCUUUGCAUAAGGGGCUCCUGCUCGCGCCGUGUAUCAGCAGCGUGAAGACCAUUUCCCGCGCCAAGAUUCGCACGGUGAAGAUGACUUUUGUGAUCGUGACCGUUUACAUCGUUUGCUGGGCGCCCUUCUUCAUCCUUCAGAUGUGGUCUGUCUGGGAUGAGAAGUUUGUUUGGAUCGAAUCAGAAAACCCGGCCAUCACCAUCACUGCAUUACUGGCUUCCUUGAAUAGUUGCUGUAAUCCCUGGAUAUACAUGUUUUUUAGCGGCCAUCUCCUGCAAGACUGUGUCCACAGCUUCCCAUGCUGCCAGAACAUGAAUCAAACGUUCAACAAAGAAGAUUCUGACAGUAUGAGCAGAAGACAGACUUCUUACACUAACAACCGGAGCCCCACAAACAGUAUGGGUACAUGGAAGGACUCGCCUAAAUCGUCCAAGUCCAUCAAAUUCAUUCCUGUUUCAACCUGAGCCCACAUUCACGCAGCCUGACUCUUGUAGUGGUCUUUUGGGUCUACUGGCUGAAUCCAGCUAGAAAUCAUGGGAACAAAUGAACUUCUAAGAGAUAAGCGUCAGUUUGUUGAGUGCAAGACUAUGUUUCUAGUUGCAUUUUCUCAUUGCUAUGACCAAAAGUUAUGAAUUGUUUUAUAUGGGACGUUAAAAAAUAAAAAAUUUAAAAAUGAUGAAAAAAUAUGCUACACUAAGAUUUGUAGGCCUAAUUUUCAGAAAUAUAAUAGAAGUUAUAGUUCUAAAGGAAAAACAUAACCACCCUGGCUUUACAUUCUGUUGUUGGUUUCCUUUCUUUUCUUUUCCUUUUAUUAUGGAUAGAACUGAGGCUUGCUUGGUUUAGAAGUCAUACGAUGUAGGGGCAUUAUUUCAAACAAAGUGAGCUCAUCAUCGGCCUUAGUGUUUGAAAGGAAUUAGAAGAACCUUCAGGGAAAUUUUUUCCAUCCAACAAAAAUCAGUUCAUGCAUCAGAAAAUGCAGCCUCAGGUGCACCUGGGUGGCUCAGUCGG